UUACCACGUUAUCUCUUCUUCUCUUUUCCUUCACUCCCUUGCAUCUCAUAGCUCACAGACCAUACUCUUCUACUAUUCUUUCCUCCAUACUUCUCUUAUUUCCUUAUUCUUUUCCCAACUUAACACCCCAAGCAAGUAACAACCAGGCCGUGGUAGACAACCAUGCAACCAACACUAUCUUUUCUUCUCUCAUUUAACUUUUAUAACUCUCGCUUUUCUUCCUUUCAUCUUUAUAUCUCACCCCUUCCUCUCUCAAUUAUAUUCUCACUUAAAUUUCUUACUCUUAACCUACCAAGAGCAUCCUCUCAAUUUCCCUAGCAACUACCACCACAACCAUUUCUACUAACUCUCUUCUCAUCACACACCAUCCACACCAGAGAGAGGGAAAAACGCGCCUAUGUGCCUGCUGGAUAGAGGAAGAGGAAAGGCACGAGUGGGGUGGUCUGUGUGUGUAAAAAUUGAGAGACGAAAGAAAGUAAAAAAAAAAAAUGAGAUGUAAUGUAGGCAUUUUAUAAAACUUUGGAAGUGCAGGAUGAAGUACUUGGGGAGGUGUAGGGUGAAACAACCCUUCAUCUUUUAAGCAAAAACAUUUUCCAAACCUGAAAUCUCUCUCACUUCUUCAUCAGUCUGAGAAAGAGAUUGAGCUUCACAGCAACGGCUGCAGUCAUGGUGCUAGAAAAUGGUAAGAGGAAGAAUCCAAACAUUUUGGUGACUGGAACACCGGGGACUGGAAAGACAACCUUGUGCACUACUCUAGCAGAAGCCACCCAACUCUGCCACACAAAUAUUGGAGAAUUAGUCAAAGAAAAGAACUUGCAUGAUGGCUGGGAUGAUGAGCUUGAAUGUUACAUUCUUAAUGAAGACUUGGUCUGUGAUGAAAUUGAGGAUGUUUUGGAAGAGGGCGGAAACAUUGUGGAUUACCAUAGCUGUGAUUUCUUUCCUGAGAGAUGGUUUGAUUGUGUAGUUGUACUUCAAACCGAUAACACCAUUUUGUAUGACCGUUUGAGUAGGAGGGGGUACAAAGAUUCAAAGAUUUCAAACAACAUUGAAUGUGAAAUCUUUCAAGUUUUGCUUGAGGAGGCUAAAAAAAGUUACUCGGAGGAAAAAGUGAUUGCAUUUAAGAGUGAUAAUAUCGAUGACAUUAGUAGAAAUGUUGCAACACUUAUAGAUUGGGUCAGAAAUUGGUCUUUACCUUCAGAAUCUUAACAAAAUUAUAGGAGUAGUUUGUAUAUACCUUUUUGCAUUAGUGUGGUGAAAUGUCAUGGUGAACUGCUACCUGUAGCAGAUAUGCAGUGUGGCUGAAUUCUCCUACAAAUUUUGGUGUGUAUCCAAGGCAUUUAAGUUUAUGCGUUUUAAAUUUUACAAAGGAUAAUUUUGCCUAGUUUCGUGAUCCUGGUUUCAUCGAUGUUUGAUUAAAUUCGAUGCAAUAGCCGGCCAGCCCAGCCAAACCGGCCUGUCCAUUCUGUUAGUUUUUGUUAUUUUUUUCUUGUCAUUCAAAAUGUCAUAUUUCAUUUUUUUUUUCUGGUCGAACUGCCAUCUGAUGUUUGA